GUGUGUUUUCGUUUACUUGCGCAGGAAAGGACGGACAUCUUCAUAAGUUUUAUUUACUAAUAUUUACGAACAGGUUUAAAUUAAAUCUGGAUCUGCUCCUGUUACCAACAUCAAACAAAUAUCCAAGUUUUUAAAUCAACUGUGGAAAAUGAAGCCUAGAGGUAGAGAAAGAAGAGGGCGGCCAAAAAGAAACAGAUCCACCACCAUGAUUGAAAUUGUUAAGCCCCCUGCUGACUCUAGGGGAUACAGAGUUGUGAUCUUGCCAAAUGGAAUAACAGCAAUGCUCAUCUCAGAAAACUCAUCUUUCAUAACAAACUCAAAAAGAUUAAAUCCUACAGAACUUAUGGAGAUUGAUGAAUUGUACAGUGAUGGGGAGGCAGCAGCCGCAUUGUGUAUUGGUGUAGGAAGUUUCUCAGAUCUACCAGAGAUACCAGGAUUUGCACACUUUAUGGAACAUAUGGUUUUUAUGGGCAGCAAGAAAUUCCCAAAAGAAAACUACUGGGACGAUUAUCUUGCACAGAAUGGCGGAGAAUCAAAUGCAUGGACAGAUUGUGAAAGGACCUGCUUCUUCUUUGUUUGCCACCAAAAUUCAUUUAUCAAAGCUUUGGAUAUUUUUGCCCAGUUUUUCAUCAGCCCUCUCUUCAACAAGAACUCUGUUGAUCGUGAAAUUUUGGCUGUGGAUAACGAAUUUCAGAUGGUAUCAAGCAGAGACAAUGAAAGAAUGAGAAGCAUUAUGGCAUAUGAGCUGGUAGAAACUGGACAUCCUAUGGCUAAAUUUAUGGCAGGCAACAAAAAAUCUCUGAAAGAUGAUCCGCUAAAAAACAACAUCAAUGUGUACGAGCAGCUGCACAGCUUUUACCGUAGAAUGUAUUCAGCCCACUAUAUGACCUUAGUAGUCCACGCCAUGGAUGAUCUCGAUACAAUAGAAAAUUAUAUUAUUCGAAUAUUUUCUCCUAUUCCCAAUAAUGAGAUUCCUCGGCCUAAAUUUAUUAAGCCUCCUUUCCAAGAGAAGAAAUUAAACAAACUUGUAAAGGUGAUACCAAUAGAGGAUGUACACAAGAUGGAGAUUAUCUGGGCGUUGCCGCCCCUCAUGGAGCACUACAGGGCUAGAGUUAUUGAAUAUUUAUCAUUGGUUAUUGGCCAUGAAGGAAAAGGUAGUAUUCUGUCCUACUUACAGAAGAGGCACCUAGCCUUAGAAAUAGCGGGUGGAAAUGAUAUGACUGGCUACACACACAAUUCCACUUGGUCUGCUUUCAUUCUUACCAUCAAACUGACUGAGCAUGGCUUUCUCAACUAUGAGGAGGUUCUAGAGGUGAUAUUCCAGUACAUUAAUAUCCUGAAAGUGACCCUCCCUGCGCAUGUAUUUGAGGAACAGAAACACAUUCAAGAAACAAAGUAUAUUUUUAAGGAGCAGGAAUCCAUCUAUAACUAUGUAGAAGAACUAGCUGAGAACAUGCACAUGUUUCCACCUGAACAUUACCUGUGCGGCCGCAACUUGUUUUUUGAGUACAAUGAACAGCUGAUACGAGAUUGCUUGGAUUUCCUGAGACCCCAGGGCAUGAUGGUGAUGUUGUUUAACCAAGAGUACAGCCAGCUCCCAAACCUCUGUGAGGAACCUUGGCUGGGCACCAAGUACCUGGCUCAAAGUGUUGAUGAUGCUUUAAUAACAAGGCUUCUGAAUGUGAGUCCAAAUCCAGAACUAAAAUUACCAGAUCCAAAUCCAUAUAUUGCCACAGAUUUUAGUCUCAUUAAAGUCAAAAAGUCAAGUAAAUACCCUGUGGUUGUAAUGAACAAGGAUGGCCUACGUAUGUGGUACAAAAAAGACAACACGUAUCACAUGCCAAACGCUUACAUCUACUUUCACUUUAUCAGUCCUGCUAUAUCAAAGAAUGAACAUAGCAUUGCCCUUGGUGAUGUGUACAUGACACUGUUGCUACAACAGCUGACAGAAACUCUAUACAACGCCACACUGGCAGGAUAUGAGUACUCCUUUGAUGGCACACCAGAAGGGGUCAUUUUUAUUAUUGGAGGCUACAGUGAAAAAAUUAAGCUUGUCGCCGCAGACAUGCUGAAAGUGUUCCAGAACUUUCAAACCAACGAAGACAAUUUUAACUCCGUAUUGACCCACCUCAAGCAGUUCUACAUCAAUAAGCUGAUAAAACCAGUGGAACUCGCCAGCUCUGUGCGCUACCGUCUGUUAGAGCAGAAAGACCCAUCAUUAUGUAACAGGUACAAGCACUUGGACAGCGUGAACUACUCGAUGCUGAAAGAGUUUGUGGAGGAGAUGUUCUCAUCUUUAUUCAUUGAAGGAUUUGUCACAGGGAAUCUAUUCCCCCAGGAUGCCCUUGACAUUGGUGAACUGGCUCUGCCAUUGAUAAAGAAACCUCUACCGUUUGAAGAUAUUCCCAAGCCCUUGGUGUUGGAGCUGCCUGAAGGGGACUUCAAGUGUUUUAUGUCAUCUGUCAACAAAGAGGACACCAACUCCUGUGUGGUGCACUACUAUCAGCUAGGGCUGGGCAGCAUUAUGAAUACAUGUCUCAAUGACCUGCUGGCAGCGGCCAUGAAUGAGCCAUUGUUUAACGUACUCCGUACAGAGUUCCAGCUUGGAUACAGCGUCUACUGCCAGCCCUGUACCACCCACGGGGUGUUAGGUUUUCUCUUGGUGGUGGAGAGUCAGGCCAACAAAUUCAGUAUGAAAAGUAUUGAUGAAAUUAUGACCAAGUUUUUAAGAGAUUUUGAAAAAAACAUUGAAGAAAUGCCUCCUGCUAAAUUUAAAGAUAUGGUUGAAAGCCACGCCUCAGUCAAGAUUUCAGAAGAUGCAGACCUUUAUGAUGAGUCAAGUGCUUACUGGCAUGAAAUUGUUAAACAGAGCUACAUGUUUGAUAGACUCAAACUUGAGUAUGAAGCCUUGCAACAGCUGACACAGAAAGACCUUCUCAACUGGUAUAAGCAACUGAUCUCAAACAAACAAAGGAAGUUGUCUGUUAUGAUUGAAGGCUGCAGUAGAUCUAAAGUCAGCUGCGGCGACGCCCCCACUGACAUGGAACCUUCCCUGAAAACCAUCAGGACAGGCAUCAAAGAGUUUAAAGCUGCCAUCAAGUCAGCCAUCACCAUGAGGCCCCUGUGUAAGGUCACAUCAAAGACUGACCUGGUAGAGCUACAGAACCUGGGGGUCAACUACAUCACAGACAUGUGUGAGUUCAAGAGUAAGAUGACCCUGCUGCCACACCAUGUCAUCAACAAGUGAUGCUGGCACCGUCCUUGGACUUGUGACGACGCCUUUGGCUGCGAGUGAUAGAUAAUGUUCAUUUAUGUGGAUUUUUAAGAACCAUCGGAACUGGUUUUAUGUUAUAACUAGAACAAAAAUAUUUUUGAAAACAUUAAUGUGUGUAACAAAAAUCAAAAGCAAAAUGGAUUUACUUUGUGACCUUGUUGUUCUAUGGCAUUCAUUUUAGAGUGUGCAAUAGAAUAUCUGAUCAAAAAUUGUAAAAUUGAAUGUUUUUGUGGCUUAAUGUAAUCUCCAGAUACAUUGAUUUGCUUUAUUUUACAUGAGAGAGAUUGUAUGUAUUUAUUAUAUAACAUCCGAAUUUGUUUACUACAAUUUAAAAAAAGAUUGAUUUGUGUAAAUACAUCAGAAUCAUGUCUAUUACAUCUUCCAAUAUUAAAAAAAAUA